CCGCUCCCCGUUUUUUUGAGUCGCUCCGAAAAUAAAAAAUAUGCCCAAGUUACACUCCUUUCUCAGCAAAGCCAACAGCCUGCAUCCGCAUAUUAUCAGCCAUCUUACCGUUGAAGCACCACCUAACAACGAUAACUGUGCAUUAGACAUAAUCUAUGAAUUGCCACCGAGUGUUUUCGUCGACGUGAAUCAGUUGGCCGACUUUGCAUCGCUUAUUGGCAACGCCACGGUGUUCGGGGAAACUGAUCUGGAGGCUCCUCUGGAGCAUGUGAAAGACAAGCGAGGAAGUGUUGUCAUUCUACGCCAGCCUUUUACGAGAGAACCGAAACGGGUGAUUGACGUGCCACUUCACUUGCGGUAUCAACAGCCUUCUCUGACGGAAACGCAACGUCCGAUCGAAAUCCCUCUCCCGGUAGCAGGCUGGACCUGCCAUAAACUCGGCCAGUCGGCUCCAUACCCUCCUCUUGAUGCUAAAUAUUCCCUUGUUCAGGCCAUCGAUCGAAAUGCGUACUUUACUGCGAUUGAUCCACCCACGGACGGUGUAUUGCAACUGGGUGUUCCUGUGGGUGAUGUGAAGGAUAGAUCAUUUGUGGAAGUAGGCACAUUGUCGUGUGUUGUUCUGUGUACUGUCUGGAUUCUUGUGGCUGUAUACAAAUCAUUAGCGAAACGAAAUAGAAUUGAAGCUAAAGGCAAAAGAAGAAAGUCAGAGUAAAAACGCUCCAAAAAAGGCAUAUCCUUUAUGUUUCUAUUGCAGUGAGAGCCGCAAUCAUUGCAUAUUGUUUCGGGUAGUCACCACUUUAUCUUUUGGUUUGUGGAAGGAACAAAGUGACAAUUAGAACUGUACCUUGAAUAAAAGGGAAGGGGAGAGUGUGAACCGAGAAUAACAACAGCAAACUCGUACUCGAAUGAGAGGAAAC